CGCCUUUGCGUUGCGAGUUGAGUUUUUCAUCGUCGUCCGGUUCGCGCACAUCGCUUCUGUCUCGGUCGCAAGAGUAACACAGAACCCACUGGGACUUGGGACUAUCGACAACCGCCAGGCGACACUACAACUAACCACCCGAAACGACACAGUGCUCUCGGGUUACAGUGCAGCGCGAGUGAACCACAGUGAACCCCACCAGUCUUCAACCAAGCAUACAAACAGUAAAAUGCAGCCCAUAUAGGAAACCAUCGCCAGCGUAGAUCCAAAGUAGCAGUCAAGCGAGAAAAGCCAGUGUAAAACCAAGCGGAGGAGAUGGCCACCAACACGGAGCUGCUGCCCUUCCAUCACCAGACGAUCGCGGUGUUGAACAAUUUGAAUAGCCACUGCGGCGGAUCCGGGAGCAACGGAGCGGCCACCAGUGGCGGAGCGCCGGGGGCGGCGAUUGGCGGCGGCGGAGCGGGAGGAGCAGGCGGAGGAGCGCCCAGCUGGGCCACCAUGGACGAACUAUACCAACAGACUGAGCUGCCCGGCCUGACGCGGACCGGGGCCACCACCACCCACCACCACCUGCUGCGCUUCACGCCCUACGCCCUGCACCACCGCCCGCCGCACCACCAGCUGCAGACCCUGCCCCCCGCGCUGUACUUGCAGCAUGCCGCAGCAGCGGCGGCGGCGGCGGCAGCGGCAGCAGCCCACGCGCAGCACCACCACCACCACCACCACCACCUACCGCACAGGCCCGCCUCGCCGGAGAGCCCGCCGCCCGUGGAGGGCACCCACAUCAGCAAUCUGUUCCCCGAGCUGCUCGAGCAGAUCUUCGAGCACCUGCCCGUGCGGGACUUGGGCCGGGCGGCCCAGGUCUGCACCGCCUGGCGGGAUGCGGCCUACGCCAAGAGCGUGUGGAAGGGCGUCGAGGCCAAGCUGCACCUGAAGCGCUCCAGCCCCAGCCUCUUCAACUGCCUGGUGAAGCGCGGCAUCAAGAAGGUGCAGAUCCUCUCGCUGCGCCGCUCGCUCAAGGAUCUGGUCCUGGGCGUGCCGGCCCUGACCUCGCUGAACCUCAGUGGCUGCUUCAAUGUGGCGGACAUGAACCUGGGCCACGCCUUCAGCGUGGACCUGCCCAACCUGAAGACCCUGGACCUCUCCCUCUGCAAACAGAUCACGGACACGAGUCUGGGGCGGAUUGCCCAGCAUCUGCGGAACCUGGAGACCCUGGAGCUGGGCGGCUGUUGCAACAUCACGAACACGGGCCUGCUGCUGAUCGCGUGGGGCCUGAAGAAGCUGAAGCACCUCAAUCUGCGGUCCUGCUGGCACAUCAGCGACCAGGGCAUCGGUCACCUGGCCGGCUUCUCGCGGGAGACGGCCGAGGGCAACCUGCAGCUGGAGUACCUGGGCCUGCAGGACUGCCAGCGGCUGAGCGACGAGGCGCUGGGCCACAUCGCCCAGGGCCUUACCUCGCUGAAGUCGAUCAACCUGAGCUUCUGCGUCUCGGUGACGGACAGCGGGCUGAAGCACCUGGCCCGCAUGCCCAAGCUGGAGCAGCUCAACCUGCGCUCCUGCGACAACAUCUCGGACAUCGGCAUGGCCUACCUCACCGAGGGCGGCAGCGGGAUCAACUCGCUGGACGUGAGCUUCUGCGACAAGAUCAGCGACCAGGCCCUGACGCACAUCGCCCAGGGACUCUACAGGCUGAGGUCCCUGUCGCUCAACCAGUGCCAGAUCACCGACCACGGGAUGCUGAAGAUCGCCAAGGCGCUGCACGAGCUGGAGAACCUCAACAUCGGCCAGUGCAGCCGGAUCACGGACAAGGGCCUGCAGACCCUGGCCGAGGACCUGACCAAUCUCAAGACCAUCGAUCUCUACGGCUGCACGCAGCUCAGCUCCAAGGGCAUCGACAUCAUCAUGAAGCUGCCCAAGCUGCAGAAGCUCAACCUGGGCCUCUGGCUGGUCAGGUGAUGCGUCCACCACGAUUGCAACGCCUGCGCGGCGGAGGAGGCCGCUCGCGGCUCCCACAAUUCCCAACCCUAGAUUACGGGCGGGAAGGAGGGGCAGAUCUGCGGGAGGGUAGGCGGCCAGGGGAGGAGCAGACAAGAUACACUGAGAACUCAUAGCUUUCGUUUGCCAUACCACACGCUGUACUACAUUUUUUUCGUACGAAGCGAGAAACGAGCAGAGAGGCACAAAAACACGGCAACAACAAAGAGCAAACAAUGAGGCACACACUCGAACGCACACACACGCAGCGGGCAAGGCGAGCGGGCGGAGUUGGGGCCAGAGGGACACAGGCAGACGGCGUCGGGGAGAGUGCUGCAAGCCCAGCUGGUUUUUAGCUAGGAAGAGUUAGCCUGAGGUACAAUUUGGCAGGCAAUUUGGGUAACUUUGUUGACUGCUGUUCUAGACCUUUUUACACGACCUGAGUUUUAUCUCAUUCUUUUGCUAUAAUGCAGUAAACACCAUGGAAAGGUGUUGAACCAUCAUUUUUAAAUACACUAUUUUAAAUUUCUUGAUUUUUCCAUCAGACAAAACCCAGAUCAAAACUCAGCUUGUGUUAAAAGGGUCUCGGCAGGUAAUUUUAUUUUUUUUGAGACCAUUCUAGAAUUUCAAGUUUUUUAAAUGAGCUUGGGCUUCCCGCUAGAUCUAGCUAGUUUGCGGCCAAGCACAUGACAGCACUGCUUGUGGAGCUCGCUCCGCUGCGUUGUGUUUUGUUGUGCUGUGCUCCUAGGGGGCCAGAGCGAGAGGGGAGAUGCCGCUGGCGUCGGCUUACACGCACGCAGCGAUAAAAAAAAACACAAAAGAGAGAAAAAGAAACAGCGGGCAACAACAACUGCAGCUAUGGCCGACAGCAACAAAGUGCAUGGCGAUGGAGACGCGCGAUAAGCAGCUGGAGGGAGGUGAGUGGGGGGGGGAGAGCCAGGAGAGUGGGCAGCACACACACACAGAGCCGGGCACGCAUGCGAGUGUGUGUGCAAUGCAGGCCGCAGUUAAGCAGAUGCAAAUAAAUUUAAAUAGUUUAUUUUAAUUCACGCUUCGGCUACAAAAGCCAGCGUCCUCCAUUGCCACAGCAACAGCAGCAACAACAGCGAGAAUAACUACGAUAAAAACAACAAAGCAGAAGAGAGAAAUAGAGGGAGUGUGGGGAAUUAAAGCUCUGGCGACGACGACGGCGACGGCGACUUGACUGACUCUCCACCUCUCUUUUGUCGCUCUCCACCGCAUUUUUCCUGCUCUGUGCCGAGUGCUCCCUUUUUGUUUUUGUUCCUCGCGUUUGUAUCUUUUUGUUUUUGUGCCUCGUCUUCGUUGCGAAUUUGUUUAGUACAGCGUCGUUAGUUAUGCCGUUUAAUUUAGUUGAUUAAAACGUAAACGUAAAAGUAACGAAAACUUAAGCAACAACAAUGUUAAUAGUAGACACCUAAUGAAAGCGCGUAAACUUAAUUCAUAGUUCUUAACAUUUGUCAAGCCACAAUUAGUCAAAUAACGAAAAAGAGGGGAGAAUAACCAUUAACUCAAGUUAUAAAACCAUAACAAAAACAACCUUGUUUAAUAGCAAAAACUCACCCAACACACACACAACCACACAAACACAAACGUUAAAGAAAAUUCUGUAAAUUUUUUAUUGUUUAAUUUAUAAGUAAGCAGGCAAAAAGAGAAGAUAACGAUUGAAAAGAAUAUGCGAAUUAGUUCUUUUUUCUAUUGUGAUAUAAAAUGUAUUGUAUAAAAAGGAAAACAUAAACACAAGCAAGCGAAAACUAAAGCUAAACACAACAACUACGUAAUUUUAUUUAAGCAGCGACAAGCGGAAGGAGCGAGGAUUAAAUUAAAUAAAUUAAAUCUAAUUGAAUAUGUACAAUGUUAUGUUAAGUCUGGAUUAUUCCCACUAUUCUCUGUUCUUGGAUUAGUUAAAUGAGCCCGAUUCGAUGACCCUUUGUUGAAAUGCAAUAACCGAAUGCCUUAAUUUUGCAAGCUGUAUUAUUAACUACGUUGAUUCUGAAAACCCCUUGAGUUUCGAUUGUGAGUUAGCCCUAAAUCUAAGUUACUUCGACGAAUGAUAUUUCUGUUUUAGGAGGCGAAACCCCCCAAAAAUUUCAACGGCACGGCGACGUUGGCGAUGCUGAAGAUGGAAAAGAGAAAAUAAAUUAAAUAUGUAUAAAAAUUAAACAAA